AUGAAGUACCUCGCCGCUUAUUUGCUUCUUAACGCUGGUGGUAACGCCGCCCCCACUGCUGAGGACAUCAAGACUGUCCUCGCCUCUGUUGGUAUUGAGGCCGACGACGAGCGCAUCAACGCCGUCAUUUCUGAGCUCUCCGGCAAGUCUGUCGAGGACCUCAUUGCUGAGGGCUCUGAGAAGCUUGCUUCUGUUCCUACCGGUGGUGCCGUUGCUGCUGGUGGUGCUGCCGCUGCUGGUGGCUCCGCUGCCGCUGCCGCUGAGGAGGAGGCCCCCGCUGAGGAGGAGGAGUCCGAUGGCGACAUGGGCAUGGGUCUGUUCGACUAA